AUGUCCUUUGUUGCGACUUUGAAGAAGCGCUGCCUUCCUGUAUUUUCGUUGUUGCCGAGCUGGUCCUUUUCAUGGCAGCUGGCUCCCGCCCCCACGGCACUACCUCGACUUCUCCAUGAGCUUCUAGAAGGGCAGGUUGAGCCACAGCUUUCUCCAGACAGUGCUUCGCCUGCCAAAGAAGGGAUACUUUUAGCUGUUCCCAAGAAAAAGGUUUCCCAUCAGAAGAAGAGACAAAAACUUUAUGGACCCGGUAGGAAGCAAUUGCAAAUGAUACACCAUCUCAACCGCUGCCCAUCUUGCGGCCACUUUAAAAGGGCAAACACCCUUUGUAUGCAUUGCGUUGGUGAAAUACGUCAUAUAUGGAAGAGCCAUACGGUUAGGAAGACCCAGGAGCCUCUUCAAGAGCAAGAAUUGUCUAAUCUCGAUAAAAGAAUUCUAUAUCCAGGGAAGAAGGAAACAGAGUACGCGAAGAAGCUUAAGGACAAAGAUAGCUACCUAGACCGUCGUAUGAGGAGUUUACCCGCAGGGAAGAAUGAUAGCUAA